AUGGCGACCACAUCCAACAUGUUCCUGUACUCCUUGACCAUCCAGCCGCCGUCGACCAUCACCCAGGCCAUCCUGGGCCAGUUCUCGGGCACCAAGGAGCAGCAGAUCAUCACGGCCUGUGGCUCUCGUCUCUCCCUCCUGCGACCCGAUCCCAGCCAGGGCAAGGUCAUCACUCUGCUCUCGCACGAUGUCUUCGGCAUCAUCAGGUCCAUCGCCGCCUUCCGCCUGGCAGGCAGCAACAAAGACUACAUCAUCCUUGCCACCGAUUCUGGUCGGAUUGCCAUUGUCGAAUAUCAGCCAUCACAGAACAGGUUCACGCGGAUCCACCUCGAAACCUUUGGAAAGUCGGGAAUCCGCCGAGUCAUUCCUGGCCAAUUCCUCGCAGCGGAUCCGAAGGGCAGAGCGUGUCUGAUCGCGUCCGUGGAAAAGAACAAACUCGUCUAUGUCUUGAAUAGGAACUCUCAAGCAGAGCUUACCAUAUCCUCGCCCUUGGAAGCGCAUAAGCCUGGUGUGCUUGUCUUCUCCCUCGUGGCUCUCGAUGUCGGUUACGCGAACCCCGUGUUCGCCGCCUUGGAGACCGAGUACACAGAAGCGGACCAGGACUCCUCAGGCCAAGCCGCUCGGGAGGCGGAAACGCAACUGGUAUACUACGAGCUCGACCUGGGUCUGAACCAUGUAGUUCGGAAAUGGUCAGAGCCUGUCGACCCGACCUCGAGCCUGCUGUUCCAGGUUCCGGGUGGCAACGACGGCCCCUCAGGUGUGCUUGUCUGCGGAGAGGAGAAUGUUACAUAUAGGCACUCCAACCAAGAAGCUUUCCGGGUUCCCAUCCCACGGCGGAGAGGCGCAACUGAAGACCCGCAGCGCAAGCGCUCCAUUGUUGCAGGUGUCAUGCACAAGCUCAAGAACAGUGCUGGUCUAUUCUUUUUCCUUCUCCAGACCGAAGACGGAGAUCUAUUCAAGGUGACCAUUGAUAUGGUCGAGGACGCCGAAGGCAAUGCUACUGGAGAGGUUGAGCGCUUGAAGAUCAAAUAUUUCGAUACCGUUCCGGUCGCAUCCAGUCUGUGCAUCCUGAAAAGCGGAUUCUUAUUUGUUGCAAGCGAGUUCGGAAACCACCAAUUCUACCAGUUCGAAAAACUUGGUGACGACGACGAGGAGCUUGAGUUCAGCAGCGACAAUUUCCCUACUGACCCGCAGGAGGCCUACGAGCCUGCGUACUUUCACCCUCGGCCGAAUGAGAACUUGGCCCUCGUUGAGAGUGUCAACUCAAUGAAUCCCCUCGUCGAUUGCAAGGUUGCAAAUCUCACAGAUGAUGACGCGCCGCAAGUCUAUGCCGUGUGCGGCAAUGGUGCUCGCAGUUCAUUUCGCACGCUCAAGCACGGCCUGGAAGUCAACGAGAUUGUGGCCUCAGAACUUCCUGGCACGCCAUCCGCAGUCUGGACCACCAAGCUUCAGAGCGACGAUCAGUUUGAUGCGUACAUUAUUCUGUCAUUUACCAAUAACACUCUGGUGCUCAGUAUCGGCGAAAAUGUGGAACAAGUCAGUGAUACCGGGUUCUUGGACUCGGUCCCGACUCUGGCCGUUCAGCAGCUCGGAGACGAUGGUCUCAUUCAAGUCCAUCCUAAAGGAAUACGGCAUAUCCGCAGCGGACGGGUGAAUGAAUGGAGCGCACCGCAACACAGAUCCAUCGUGGCCGCCACUACGAAUUCCCGACAGGUUGCCAUCGCUUUGAGCUCUGGGGAAAUUGUCUAUUUCGAGAUGGACGAAGAUGGAUCGCUCGCCGAGUACGACGAGAAAAAGGAAAUGUUUGGAACUGUGACGUGUCUAAGUCUCGGCGAUGUCCCUGAGGGCCGUCAAAGAAGUUCAUUCUUGGCCGUUGGAUGUGAUGACCGCACUGUCCGCGUGCUGAGUCUGGAUCCUGACUCUACACUCGAGAACAAGUCCGUGCAGGCGUUGUCUGCAGCUCCAUCGUCUCUGGCAAUCAUGGCGAUGGAAGAUUCCGCUACCGGAGGAUCUACUCUCUACUUACAUAUUGGUCUACAUUCUGGUGUCUACCUGCGGACAGUCCUGGAUGAGAUUACCGGUGACCUGACUGAUACCCGCCAGAAAUUUCUGGGUAUCAAAUCUGUGAGGCUGUUCCAAGUAACCUGCCAAGGCUCGGUUUGCGUUCUUGCCCUUAGCUCCAGGGCAUGGCUAGGAUAUGCCGACCCUCUCACCAGGAGCUUCAUGAUGACUCCCCUCGACUAUCCGGACCUGGAAUGGGGCUGGGGUUUCAACAGUGAGCAAUGUGUGGAAGGCAUAGUAGGGAUUCAUGCCAACUAUCUCAGAAUCUUUUCGAUCGAGAAGCUUAGUGAAAGCCUGAUUCAAAAGUCGAUACCCCUCACUUACACACCGAAAAAGCUGGUCAAACAUCCCGAUCAGCCUUAUUUUUACACAAUCGAAGCCGAUAACAACACACUGCCCCCAGAGUUAAGACAACAGCUACUGGCGGACCCAGGGGUCGUUAAUGGCGACUCCACAGUUCUCCCCCCUGAAGAUUUCGGAUAUCCUCGUGGAAGAGGACGAUGGGCAUCAUGCAUUAAUGUAGUCGAUCCCGCAUCAGAGGAACCUGGCGUACCAUACAGAGUAGAUCUGGACGGAAAUGAGGCAGCAGUGAGCGUAGCUGUGGUGCCGUUUGCAAGCCAAGAUGGCGAAAGUUUCCUCAUUGUCGGCACAGCCAAGGACCUGAUCCUUAACCCACGCCAGUUCACCGAGGGUUACAUCCACAUUUAUCGAUUCCAGGAAAACGGAAGGGAACUGGAGUUCAUUCACAAAACCAAGGUCGAAGAGCCGCCAAUGGCUCUGUUGCCAUUCCAAGGCAGGUUACUGGCCGGCAUUGGCACGACAUUACGAAUCUACGACCUGGGUCUGCGACAGCUUCUGAGGAAGUCACAAGCAGAAGUCACGCCAAACCUCAUCGUGUCUCUUCAGGCCCAAAACAACCGCAUCGUCGUCAGUGAUGUACAACAAGGUGUGACCUAUGUCGUAUACAAGCCUGAGACCAACAAAUUAAUACCUUUUGUGUCUGAUACGGUCAACCGAUGGGUAACAUCGUCGACCAUGGUCGAUUACGAAUCAGUGGCUGGCGCUGACAAGUUCGGAAACGUCUGGAUUCUCCGGUGCCCGGAGAAGGCCAGUCUCGAGGCUGACGAGCCAGGUUCCGAGGUGCACCUCACCCACGCGCGGCCCUACCUCCACGCUACGCCUCACAGAGUGGACCUUAUGGCGCACUAUUACACCCAAGACCUGCCCACCAGCAUCACCAAGACGAGUCUUGUGGUCGGUGGCCAAGAGGUAUUGCUGUGGGGCGGCAUCCAGGGCACCAUCGGCGUCUUCAUCCCCUUCAUGAGCAGGGAGGACGUGGACUUCUUCCAGAGCCUGGAACAGCACAUGAGGUCCGAGGAUGCACCGCUCGCCGGGCGUGAUCACCUCAUGUACCGUGGCUACUACGCGCCGGUCAAGGGCGUGAUCGAUGGGGAUCUCUGCGAGAGGUACUCGCUGCUUCCAAACGACAAGAAGCUGAUGAUUGCGGGAGAGCUGGACCGUUCAGUCCGGGAGGUUGAGCGGAAGCUUUCGGAUAUCCGCACACGCUCUGCGUUCUAG